AUGUUGAAGGAGAAGCUACACUGGCCAUGGAUAUUGGGCUGUGUCAUGUCUGUUGUUGGCUCUAUCAUAAGUGUUAUCCAUGCGCUACACUCUUCUGUCCAGGAAAUAUGGACUAUGGCAACACAGCCAGCCUUUCUGCUAUAUGUAGGAUCAGUGAUCAUUUUGGUGAUUAUUCUCGUCUUCUAUUUUGCACCUCAAUGUGGCCACUCAAAUGUACUUGUUUUCGCUGGCAUUUGUUCGCUGAUGGGUUCACUCACAGUCAUGAGUGUUAAAGCCCUUGGAACUUCACUGAAGUUGACUAUUGAAGGAUAUAAUCAACUAAUCUACCCAAAGACCUGGUUUUUUUUGUUUGAUGUAGCUAUAUGUGUUAUCACACAGAUGAAUUAUCUUAACAAGGAAUGA